AUGUCACAGAAAGAACAUGAUGCCCCAUAUAUAGAUGUUUUGAAACAACUGUCUCAGUAUGACUAUCUACUCGAACAAUUGCAACAAAAUAUGGCGGACGGUUUCUUCAGAUUAUCACGCGCGAAUUUUCACAAUAAGGACUCCUUGAGAGGAAGGUAUGGACAAGAUUAUUACGACCAUUCAUAUGUGGGUCAAUGGACCGUUUUGAUCCAUGACAAUGAGCACGUCACGUUGGAGAAACUACAGUUAGAGGAGGAAUCCAGCGAUGACGAAGUGGAUGAUGACGAUAAACUUCGAGAAAGGAAAAUCUCGCAGACCACAACAGAGAAACCCACCAAAAAGCUACAAGGAACUUAUGAUCCAAUACUUAUGUUUGGCGGUGGACUUUCUGCUCCAUCGAGCCUGAGACAAACACAAACUAGUUUCAAAAACUGUCUACCAAUCCUUAUUCAACUCAUUAAUUGCAAAAAUGAAGCACGUAAACUUUGUGCACUAUUAGAGGCCACCAAAACUACUUAG